AUGUAUCUAGAGGAGGCUUCAGAGUUUUUAGUUUGUUCCCUAAUGAAGAUAUUUUCUUGGAAUUGCAGAGGAUUGGGUAGGAGGGAGAAGAGAGGAAAGAUUAGAAGAUUGAUUGUUGAUAGAAAGAUUGAUAUAGUAUUGCUCCAAGAAACAAAGCUAAAUAGUUGCAAUAAUUUGGAUGUUAAAGCUCUAUGGCCUAAAGAUAAAAUGGAAUUUUUGUGUGUAGAUUCAGAAGGUUCAUCUGGAGGUCUCCUAUGUAUUUGGGAUCCUGGAUGGGUAGGAGAGAGAAGCUUUGGAAUAUUCUGGGGGUUGAAGUCUGUUUUCCCUAAGCCCUGGUGUAUAGGAGGUGAUUUUAAUGAAAUCAUAAGUAUUGGUGAGAGGAUAGGCUGCUCUAUGAGGGAUAGAGGUAUGAGGGAUUUCAACAAUUUCAUUGAGUCAUGUGAAUUGUCAGAUAUUCCUCUGUUAGGUAGGAAGUUCACUUGGUGUAAUGCUCAUGAGGGAGAAAAGUGGAGUAAGAUUGAUCGCUUUUUAGUAAAUCCAGAGUGGUUAGAAGUGUUCAAUUUCAAACUAUGGGGUUUACCUAGAUUACUAUCAGACCAUUGCCCCUUAAUUCUUAUGGAGGAUGAUAGGGACUGGGGUCCUAGAUCUUUCAGAUUCAUAAAUGCAUGGAUCUUACAUCCGCAGUUCUCAGGUUUUCUGGAGAAAAUUUGGAUGGAGGCUAUAUGGAACAGAGAAGUAUAUGGGGAUGUCCCUACUAAGCUUAAGUCAGUAGAGGAGGAAUUGCAUAAGCUUGACCUGCUAGCAGAAAUAAGAGAUUUAGAGGAGAUUGAGAAGGCAAGAAGAAAAGAAGUAUUAAGUGAGGCUUGGAAGUUAAGUAGAAGGGUUGAAUGGAUGUGGCUUCAAAAGGCUAGACUUGACUGGGCACUGAAGGGUGAUAAGAACACAAGGUUUUUUCAUAUCAUGGCUACUAGUAGACAGAGCAGAAAUGGGCUAAAUCCAGUAACUGUGGGAGAUAUGGUGUAUGAAGAUCCUGUGAAAGUCAAUCAGAGGAAUGGAAAUGCAGACCAUCAUUAG